AUGGCCGCUCCCACUACCUUUUCGUUUCAGCCGUCGACUGCACCUUCUAGUUUUGUUCCGCCUCCGCCACAACCUACUAUUCCCACCUACUUCGCCGCUUUACCGCAGAGCAGCACGAUGGACCCCCUGGUCGCCACCCUGAUACAAGCUGUUGUCGGACUAGUUCAGACUCAGCAGCAAAAUUUACAACAGAAUCUAGCUCCUAGUGCCGCGGAGUCAAGUUCCAGAGUUCGAGAGAGGAGCAUCAAUGAAUUUAAGAAGUCUACUCCUCCACCUUUUUCCGGCGCUACAAAUCCGGAUGAAGCGAAAAAUUGGAUCAAGGAGAUGGAAAAAGCAUUUACGGCCAUGCAGUGCACCGAUGAAGAGAAAGUCAGAUUUGGGACAUUCAUGCUUCAAGGUAGAGCGAAUAAUUGGUGGGAAAGCGAGUUGAGGACUCGCGGUAGCAAUUUAUCAGCCAUUUCGUGGAAGGAUUUUCGAUCGGCGUUUUAUGCUAAGUACUUUCCAAGGAGUAAACUUCGCCAGCUCGAGAGGCAAUUUCUAGAUCUAAAGCAAGGGUCAACGUCUGUAGAGGAGUACGAGGCCGAGUUCGAUCGACUCUCUCAGUUUGCCCCAAAAUUGGUGGAUGAUAACGAAUCGCGGGCCAAAAGGUUUGAAGAAGGACCGAAUGGAUAUAUCCGUACUGGUCUUGCGCCUCUACACCUUGAGGCAUACGACGAGGUUGUCUGA